AUGUCCUGCACCGUCCUCACGCAUGUCCUGCACCGUCCUCACGCAUGUCCUGCACCGUCCUCACGCAUGUCCUGCACCGUCCUCACGCAUGUCCUGCACCGUCCUCACGCAUGUCCUGCACCGUCCUCACGCAUGUCCUGCACCGUCCUCACGCAUGUCCUGCACCGUCCUCACGCAUGUCCUGCACCGUCCUCACGCAUGUCCUGCACCGUCCUCACGCAUGUCCUGCACCGUCCUCACGCAUGUCCUGCACCGUCCUCACGCAUGUCCUGCACCGUCCUCACGCAUGUCCUGCACCGUCCUCACGCAUGUCCUGCACCGUCCUCACGCAUGUCCUGCACCGUCCUCACACACUUCUCUGCCACUCCACACUUCCUCAUACAGAACCAAGCUUCCUCUCUGCUCCCUCUGCUCUCUGUCCACCUCUGCUUUCAGGUGGUGGUGGUUUUUCUGAUCAUCCUGGACGCCUUCUUUGUUCUGGCCGAGCUGCUUAUAGAUCUGUCCGUCAUCAAGCUGGAACACGGACACAUCGCUCCUGAGGUGUUUCACUACUUAAGUCUGGCGCUCCUCACCUUCUUCAUGAUCGAGCUGGCUGGGAAGCUGUUUGCGUAUCGUCUGGAGUUCUUCGAGCACAAGUUUGAGGUGUUUGACGCUGUGGUGGUGGUGGUUUCCUUCGUCCUGGACGUGGUGUUCCUCUUCCACGAGGACGCCUUCGAUGGGAUGGGCCUGCUCAUCCUGCUGCGGCUGUGGAGGGUGGCCCGGAUCAUCAACGGAAUCCUGGUGUCGGUGAAGACUCGUGCUCACCAGAAGAUCCACAAGCUGAAGGAGAGCUACGACCACCUGGUGGAGAGAGCCACGGAGCUGCAGAAACGCAGCGACGAACUGGAACAAGAGAACCAGAAACUGCAAGCCCUCUUGAAGAAGCACAACAUAGACUUUUAAUCACCAUGGCAACUGCUAACCAUCGUUCACUGUUAUUCCAUUCUUGUACUUAUUCCACGGGUUUCUUUAAUCAGCCAUCUACUCUGUUAUUUUACCUGUAAAUUCAGUGAAGGUGCAGCACUAAAUUGCACCUACUUACAAUUUAAUAAAUAACUGUAGUGGAAUAAUC